CACUGUAGAACCGUAGAACUGUAGAAAAAUACACAGAAAGUGUGGAGCUACCUACCUAGACAUACACCACACAUACGUACGUACACACAUCUGUAUCAUCUAGCUGGACUGUCCGUCACCACGUUGCCUGUUGUUUCCCAAUGACAAGGUCCUCAGCACAUCCCUUCCUCUCGCAUCCUUCAAAUCUGUGGAAUGAAACCCUGAUGAAGCUGCAGCCCUAACCGUCAGUUUUCGUCGCCGUCAUGUAGACCACUUUCAGUCAAGCAUCUUCCCUGCAAACCCUCGCCAGUUCUCAUCGAUCACAAGAACCUUUACAUCAACCUCAAUACAUUUUUGAAGGAGAAAAACCAAGACAGUGUGCUUUAUGUGCAAAUGCAUCGUCUUUCACUCUUCUCCUUGCUUCACCUCGUCUCGAAAAGUUUCGCAAGAGUCUUUGUUGGUCAGCGAGGCUUAAGAAGGAAAGGAGGGGGGAAGGGGAGGAUGACAGUUAUGUAGUUUAGCCGCCAACAGGGAGGGACAUGACAGGGCGUUUGGGGAGGGAGAGUAGACUGCAUCUAGUCAUGCCAAGCGAGAAUCACUUCUCCCAGUAGCCCUGGUCUCAGCAUCAGCAACUGAGCUCUCUCCUGACACCUCCGCAAUCAUUCACCCUCCCUGUCUCAUCCACUCCCCACCGCCAAAGGUGUGCAGAGGUCUGAGCCUCUGUCUCCGUGUGUCCCCGCCUCUCCCAGCUAUGUUUUUGUGCACCGUUGUCACCAUCACUAGUCCGUGCCCACGCAAUCACCUUCCUACCUCCCCUUGGAGCAGCUCUCACGACAAGGAGGACGGAGAGCAGCGACACCAACAGUCUGCCGUGCGUCGUGCGCCGUGCGUGUCUACGGUGCUGCGCGGCUCCUCGGCGCCGGUUACGUUUCUUCUCCGCGGGGGCCUUUGAGCUGGUGCCGCCUGACUCACAGCUUCCUGUCGACAUUGCCGGACUGUUGAGGGAGUUAAAAUGGUCAAGAUGGGAGCGUUUUUCAGCCCCGUGCGCGAGACGGCAAAGAAAUGGCGAAACAUUUCCCCAACCCUCGAGGUUUAACGCGUUUCCAGAAAUAGACUACACUCCUGGUGCUGACUGCUACUCCAUAGAAAAAAAAAAAAGAGAAAGUGAACAGGAAGCAGCGAACCCUGACCUCUAGAAGCUUGUUGGUGUUGUCUGUGGUUAGCUCGGGCUGCAAGUCAUUAUCCCGUCAUGAGAAGAAUGGUGGGCAGGGACGGCAACUGUCUGGACACUGAGCACCUUGUCGACCUGAAACACGAGCGGAAAGAACGGGCGACAUUACCCUCGGCGAAUUACAUCUCAUUUUAAAAGCGUUCACUACCACGGGAAUACUCGGGUUCGGUGUGAAAGGCCUUGCGCCCAAAGGACGUAUUCAUUACAAAGACUGGGUUCCUUGUCUUGACCGCCAGCUGUGACCAGACAAAAUGUUUGUGAGGAAGGGAACCACAGUACGUCGAGGCCGCAGGUCCGUCAAACGACCACGACCACCGCCUGGCGCGUCGUCAACUGGUCCGCCAGUGGGGAGACACAGCCUGACCCUUGACCCUGAGGCUGGGAGUGACAGUCGCAAGGCGACUCCCGGAGAGGCUGGUGAGCAUCGUCCCUCGACCAGCACCAUCCUGACCAGCUCCGGCAGUCUGACCAGUUCCCUCCCGAUAGUGGACGAUGAGCGCAGCCUGUGUCGCAGCACUAGCGGACUGUCGGAUGACAAGUUCCAGCAGACCGUGUCCUAUGGUUCCAUCCUCUACCAGCUGAAAGAAGUACAGGAUGAGGCGGUUGAUGUCUGUGACUUCCUCCAGAGGUUCUUCGAGAUCACGUGGAACUCGCUAACAUUGACUGUGUUCAUGUUAUUGCUGUUGGGACUGCCUAUCGCCAUGAUAGCUGUAGGCAGCUCGUACGAUCACGAGUGUCCACGAGAGCCUCGCAUUCCCAUCUACCUGCUAGUGGGCGGGGCUUUGGGGCCAUUGAGAUCGUCAUCAUCUUGUGGCAGCAGAAGAAAUCUCGGGACUUCACCUGCUCGGGCGAUGACAUUACCGAGGACGACGACGACUUCGACGACGGCAUGA